AUGCAGAUCUUUGUGAAAACUCUCACUGGCAAGACCAUAACCCUUGAGGUCGAAAGCUCGGACACCAUAGAUAACGUCAAGGCUAAGAUCCAAGACAAAGAAGGUAUUCCUCCCGACCAGCAGCGUCUCAUCUUUGCUGGUAAGCAGCUUGAGGAUGGCCGAACCCUUGCCGACUACAACAUUCAGAAGGAGUCCACUCUCCACCUCGUCCUCCGUCUACGUGGUGGGAUGCAGAUUUUCGUCAAAACCCUAACGGGCAAGACCAUCACUCUUGAAGUCGAGGCCUCGGACACAAUUGACAAUGUCAAGGCCAAGAUCCAAGACAAGGAAGGCAUCCCACCCGACCAGCAAAGGUUGAUUUUCGCUGGUAAGCAGCUCGAAGAUGGAAGGACUCUUGCUGACUACAAUAUUCAAAAAGAGUCGACCCUCCACCUUGUCCUCCGUUUACGUGGUGGCAUGCAGAUCUUCGUCAAAACCCUAACUGGCAAGACCAUCACCCUUGAAGUCGAGAGCUCGGACACAAUCGAUAAUGUCAAGGCCAAGAUUCAAGACAAGGAAGGAAUCCCGCCCGACCAGCAAAGAUUGAUCUUCGCUGGGAAACAGCUGGAAGAUGGGAGGACUCUAGCAGAUUAUAAUAUCCAGAAAGAAUCGACCCUCCAUCUUGUCCUGCGGCUUCGUGGUGGGAUGCAGAUUUUUGUGAAGACUUUGACUGGGAAGACAAUUACACUGGAGGUGGAGAGCUCGGACACGAUUGAUAACGUCAAGGCCAAGAUCCAAGACAAGGAAGGCAUACCGCCCGACCAGCAAAGGUUGAUCUUUGCAGGGAAACAGCUUGAAGAUGGGAGGACUCUAGCUGAUUAUAAUAUUCAGAAAGAAUCGACCCUCCAUCUUGUCCUGCGACUUCGUGGUGGGAUGCAGAUUUUUGUGAAGACUUUGACCGGGAAGACGAUUACACUUGAGGUGGAGAGCUCGGACACAAUUGAUAAUGUCAAGGCCAAGAUUCAGGACAAGGAAGGAAUCCCACCCGACCAGCAGCGGUUGAUCUUUGCAGGGAAACAGCUGGAGGAUGGGAGGACCCUUGCGGAUUAUAAUAUUCAGAAGGAAUCGACUCUUCACCUCGUGCUUAGGCUGCGUGGGGGUGCUUGCUUUUAG